GAAAAACGCAUACAUUUUUCUCUUGAUAAAUUUUCCAAUUAUUUUUUGGUAAAAUUAUUAUAUUUAAAUAACUAAAAAAUGCCAAAAAUUUAGACAUUAAUAAGAAUUGAAAACUCUAGUUUAUAGAAAAAGUGAAAUUAAAGUAAUUGUUUAUGUUUAAUAUAACAAUUUUUGUGAUCAAAAUUUUACAGCAGCAACGACGGUGAACACUACGCAAUAUACACAAAGAACACACAAAAAGUGCGACAGACAAAAAACUUAUUAUUGCGCUAGUGUUACGUACCAACAGACACACGGUCAAAAGUUUGCCAAUUUUGUAAGGGUGUUAAAAACAAUAGAAAAAAACUAAAUAAAAUUAAUUUUAUUUAAAAAAAAAACUUGCGUUAAUAGAAUUUUACGGUCGUUUUGUUAAAUUUUUAAAGAAAAGUUUAUAAAUACAGUGUUUAUUAAAAAAAAACUAAACAAUGAAUAUAAUACCCGGUGAACCAGUGCCACCUGGUUUCGAAGAUGAGGUAAAUCGGCAGCCUCAAAUACAGGCCUCGAUAGAUCAGUAUAAGGGCAAUGCCUUGAUAGGCAUUGAAUACACCAUAGAACUGCACGAAGAUGAUCGCCAUGAACCGGGCUAUUUGUGUACAUUGUGUGAUAAACGUGGUGAUCCACGUACCAUUAUAAAUCACUGGUGUUCCUUUAAUCAUCGCAUGAAGUAUUUAGAAAAGCAUUAUCCCUCGGCCGUAAGGGAAUGUCAACCGGUUAAGUACAAACCCAAUUCGCAUAAUAUCAUGAUAUUGAUUGUACAACGUUUAGCCGAAGCCAUUGAAGAUCAUCAUGGACGCUUGCUGGUAUCGGUUAUGAAUGCUGAUGAUUUUCGCAAGCGCAAAACCAUUUUAACCGAACAAAUUAUGAAAAAGAAACAUUUCGAUGAAAAAAAUGGACCAAAUUUUCUAAAUGCCAUUGAUCGCACCCUGUGGGAACAAAAGCCUCCCUUUAAGAAACAUGAGAUUAAUAAGGCCCCCAAACGGGUAAACAAUAAUUCACCGGCUAAUGAUAUAUUGGCCGUUAAAGAUGGUUUAGAUGAAAUAUCAUCGGAUUCUGAUAAUCAAGAUACGGUGAAAAAACCCAAACUAACACGUGGUCAGCAGCCGGCAUUUACUAAUAAAAAGCGCGAUUCACCUCUUAACUCAGAAGAGCCAGAGAAAAAGUUACCCACUCCCAAGGAACUGUCUUUGCAGGCUUCUCACAUUGCUCAAGAACGUUAUAAAUGGGAAAAAUAUCGUUGUAUGUUGGAAAUACAACUAAAACAAAUGGAAAAAAUACAGGCGGACUAUGAAAAAGCUCCCGAAAAACAUCCUCAUUAUCCGGAGGAAUGGAAAAAAUUCUGGAAUCGCCGCUAUAAAGAAUUACAGGCCGAAAAGAAAGUUGAUCCCAAUAAAUAUGACUACAAACCAGAAUGGAUUGUAUUCUGGACAAAACGUAUGAAGGAACUUUUCAAUGCAGAGGUAGAUAAAAAGAAAAAAGAGAUUAAAAUCAAACUGGGACUACCCGAAGAUGCUGAGGAAAAGGUGGAUCAACUUAAAGAAAAAUAUAAACUGCCGGUAAAUCGCUUGCCAAACAAAUCAAAUCCCCGGGGUGGUCCGGCAGCAGAUGUUAUUGAUAUUAGUGAUGAUGACUCUCCUCAUCACAGCCGUUACUCUAGAUCAAGACGAUCACGCACUAGAUCGCGUUCACGUUCUCCACGCGGUCCACGUCAUCGUGAUUAUAGACGUUCGCGUUCUCGUUCACGCUCCCGUUCACGCUCACGUUCUCGUUCUCUUUCACCAUUUUCAGAUGAAUUUGAACCGUCCAGCUCUAGCAAACACUUACACAAGAAACAUCAUAAUCCCAUACGGCCUUAUGGUGUAGAACAUCCUCCUUCAGAUUAUUAUCCUUAUGCGCGUGUUUCACGUUAUCCACCAACCAGCACCGUGCCACCACACUAUCCACCACCCACGGCUCACUAUCGCGUUUUAGAUUCUAGCAAAAUACCCAAAUAUCAAGAACCUGAGUAUAGACAGUCCAAAGAACCUAAAGAAGAACCCAAAGAAGAAGAACCCGAAGGACCACUAACCGUUGUUGCUGUCUUGCGUCUGCUAACCGCACUCGAAGAACAUUUGGGUAGUUUGGGUCCCAAAGUGGUGGAUAUGUUGGGUAAAGCUUUGGCUUUAGAAAAACUCAAAGGCAAUUCAUCAGAUGAUUUACUAAUGAACGAUGAUCAUUGUGUUUUCUUCGAAACCAUAAAGGAAAAACUAAAAGGUUUACUUAUUGCCGACGUCUUGGACGAUCAGCAAAAAGUGAGAGCUGUUAAAAGGGCCAUUAAAAAUAUAGCAGCUCUUAUACAUCAGGUCACCACUAAAGGACCCUCUACGGACUCCAGCUCUAAAGAUAAAACUGAAAACAACAAUGAUGGUGCGAGCAACAUAGCUAAAAAGACACUAAAUAAGAAUGCAACUGGACCGAAUAUUAAAGAUUUACCCUUUGAUCGUCAGACAGUGGCCACUAAAUUGGCGGCUGCCUUGGUUAUGGAGGGUCGUGAAGAUGUCUCGACGGCCGAUAUGGAUAAAUUAAUCUAUAUGUUUAUUUUAAUGGUUAAAUUGAACAAAACCAAACGUGAAGAUGAUGGUAAGGGUUUAUGCUGUAAUGAUAUUUUACCGGCAUUGGGUAUAGCAAUAAGUAAACUGCCAAAACCGACUUUAUCACUGGCAAACCUACCCGCUAUUGUAGAUGAUUUGCUAGAAAAUGAAGUAAAUGCUUUGGUUAAAGAGGUGGAAGAGGAUAUGGAAAGUGAAGUGGUGGCAAAUGAUAAAGAAGCUAGAAACGAUAACAAUAGCAGUAUGUUGGAAUCGCUAACAGAUUCUGAUCUGCAGACAUUAUUACAAAAUUUCAAACACUUAUCUAGUGAGGAACAACAUCAUUUGAUAGCCCAUCUCAAGAAACUGGAAUCGGCCGAUCCUGGACGUGUUGAAAAACUAAGGAAAUUUGUUAAUAUUUCAGAUCUAACAGGCUCCAAAGAAUCCUCCAACAAAUCGCACAAAACCUCCGAUAGUACACCCACAAAAUCUUCAACUUCUUCAAGAUCUAAAUCACGUUACGAGGAUACUCCUCCCUCGGGCAGUAGAAAAGCACACAAUGCUUUGCCGCCGGGUACAGAAGAUGAUGAUGAUGAUGAUGACGACAGUGGCGGCGGCCGAAGACGUGUUAAUCCCAAUAAAUUUAGUUUAGAUGAUGAUGACGAUGAUGAUUACAAUUUCGAGGAUGUAUUUAAGGCUGCCUCGAGCAAUGUCAAUCGUUUGUCUGAAGAACAUUCGCGUCAAUCUAAAUCACCCAUAGUUCCCGUAUCUUCAUCACCCAGUGCUUUGACAUUUAAUCCUGCUGGUCUCAAGACUUCUCUGAAUGAUACACAAAAUCUAAUUGCCAAUCUAAUGGGCUCUUUACAGCAAAGCAACUCCAAUUCGGCCAAUAAGGCAUCACCCUCCUCCUCUACAGCAAAACCAACAACACAACCACAACCAGUGCCACCCAUAGCCGCCGCAACACCUCAUCAACAGCAGCAAACACAAGUGCCACCAACACAACAUGCCAAUCAGAUGGCAUUCUAUCAGCAACAACAGCAGCAGCCACAACAUCAGGCCUAUCCUCCGGGUCCCUAUAAUCAAAUGAAUCCUGCUCAAGCUAAUUACUACAAUUCCAUGGGUGGCUAUAAUCAAAAUCCCUACGACGGCUAUCAGCAAUGGCCCCAAGGUCAACAACAAAUACCACCUCAAAAUAUGCAACAAUUUGGUAUGCAAGGUUAUGGCAUGCCACCCCAACAAAUGGGCUACAAUAUGUAUGGACAAGGCCGCAACUAAGUUGUAAAAGCUUUUUUCUCAUUAUAUAAAAAUUUCAAUAUCACAAAAUAAGACUAGUUAUAUAAACAAAACAUUAACAAUUGAAAUAAAUUACAUUUAAGGAUACUCGUUUUG